UUUCUUUUUGCAUAUCAUGUGCAUUCUCCCAAGACAGCUGAUUAUUUUUACAUGUUGUGUUUUGAUCCCAUAUUCUCUUGUGAGCACAACAAAAUCGAGAAGUAAAUACUUCAAUGUCAAAAUAAAAAUUGAAAGCAAAAUAAAAACAGUUGACGUAGACAUUGGUUUGGAAAGAAUAGUCUGAUAGCAACCAUAAAGUCAAACAAAUUUUGUUUCUCAUUUAAAAUGUAUCCUCUUUCAUAUAUUUUAAAAACAAAUUGAUGUCUAAAAACUUUUUAUAUUGUUUGAAAGAAGUUUACUAAAAUAAACACAAUUGAUUCAAAUUCAUGUGUACAAAUUAGAUACUUAGAAAAUAGCUAAAUAUGCCGCUUCCCACAUACGAUGUGCUACUGGAGUCUACAGCGGUAGUCAGUACGGUUUUACAAUUUUUGUCUGGAGUCAUUAUAUGCCGUAAGUACAUACAAAAGAAAAGUACCGGCGAAUCAUCUGGACUAUCUUUUAUUUGUGGAUUUCUUUCAACUUCCUUUUGGCUUCGUUAUGGUAUGCUCACUGAUGAACGCAGUGUUAUAUUAGUCAAUAUAAUUGGGUCCUUCCUUUUUCUAUGCUACACCAUGAUAUUCUAUAUUUUCUCAGUAAACAAAAAGUCCUAUAUGCGACAAUUUGGCAUUGUAUUGUGUAUUUUGUUUGGUGUAUGGUACUAUACAAAUUUGGUUGAAACUGAAGAGGAAAAAGUUCGUGUUAUGGGUUUGGUCUGCAGUAUUGUUACAGUGUGCUUCUUUGCAGCUCCCCUAACUAUGUUAAUUCAUGUGAUACGCGUAAAAAAUUCAGAAAGUUUACCCUUUGCACUGAUUGUAAUGACAUUUCUGGUGUCUGUACAGUGGGUCAUAUACGGUGUCAUCAUAUCAGAUACUUUUAUACAGAUACCAAAUUUUCUUGGAUGUUUACUUUCAAUGCUGCAACUUUGUCUAUUCGUUGUUUAUCCACCUAAAACCUAUUCCGGUCAAGGCUAUCGCUUGGUUGACCAAGCCCCUAUUUUUUGAAAUUGUUCGUCGCUGUAACGAUCUAACAAAUCAACUUAGGUUUGAAAACGUAAUGACUGUAUUAAAUAUUUUUAAAAGUAAAACAAUAAAAUUAUAUGGUUAGUUAAGUACGAAGUAUAUAUUAACACAUUGCAUUUAUUUAAAAACCUAAAAACUACUGCUCAUAUUUAGAUGUUAUGCUAUAUUGUUUAAUGAAAUUUAAGUUUAUACUGUUUGAGUAUUUGUAAAGCGACAAUAUAUAAUUCGAUCGUGCUUUAAUAAACUAAUUAUGCUGAUAAA